AUGUUGCCACGCUUCCUGAGCAGCUCGUAUCCCAUGGAACGACACUAUUUUCUGGUGCCGAAGUUUGCGCUCAGUUUGAUUGGUUUUUAUCCGGAACAGGAGCGUACUUGGUUGCUGCGUGCUUGGAGUUUCUUUAACUUUUUCAUACUCACCUACGGCUGCUAUGCGGAGGCGCAUUAUGGCAUACAUCAGAUACCAAUUAAUAUAGCUCUGGCCCUGGACGCACUCUGCCCAGUUGCAUCGAGCAUUUUGUCCUUGUUGAAGAUGAUUGCCAUUUGGUGGUAUCAGGAUGAGUUCAAGUGGUUGAUUCAAAGGAUCAGAAAACUCACAGAACAGCAGAGAUCGAAGCGUAAAUUGGGCUACAAGGAACGCUUCUAUACAUUGGCCACCAGGCUGACGACCUUGCUCCUAUGCUGUGGUUUCUGCACCAGCACUUCGUACUCGGUUCGGCAUCUUUUGGAUAAUAUGUGGAGGCGUGCACAUGGCAAGGAUUGGAUCUAUGAGACGCCCUUCAAAAUGAUCUUUCCCGAUUCGUUUCUACGUCUGCCCUUGUACCCUUUGAUCUACAUGCUUGUUCAUUGGCAUGGUUACAUCACCGUUGUUUGUUUUGUUGGAGCUGAUGGCUUUUUUCUGGGCUUCUGUCUGUAUCUGACCGUACUGCUGCAUUCCCUGCGCGACGAUGUCUGCGAUUUGUUGGCCAUAAAAGAUGAUAAGCUGGAACUUACGGCAAUGGAGGAAUCUCGGAUUGUUCGAAGGAUGGAACUGCUCAUAGAUCGCCACAAUGAGGUGGCCGAGUUGACGGAACGCCUUUCGGGCAUUAUGGUAGAGAUUACACUGGGACACUUUGUCACCUCCAGUUUGAUUAUAGGCACCAGCGUGGUGGAUAUGCUGCUGUUCUCUGGAGUGGGCAUUAUAGUCUAUUUGGUCUACACAUGCGCUGUGGGCACGGAAAUCUUUCUCUACUGCUUGGGUGGCACCUACAUUAUGGAAGCGUGCUUGGAAUUAUCGAACAGCAUUUUUAGCAGUCAUUGGCAUGGUCACAGCGUUCGCGUUCAGAAGAUGACGCUUCUCAUGAUUGCCAGAGCUCAGCGUGUGCUCAUCAUCAAGAUACCCUUCUUUUCUCCAUCGCUGGAGACGCUCACUUCGAUUCUUCGCUUUACGGGUUCACUUAUUGCGCUGGCCAAGUCGGUGAUAUAGACAUUUAAAUUAAACUGUGGUCAGUGUACUGGAUUUGCUACAUUUUAAAAUAA